CAUCUGCUUCUUUCAUUUCUAUCCACUUCACGAGUGGACGCGUCUGAGCGCAUUUGAUCGCUGUGACAAGAUCUCGACGCUUCAGCGGCUCGUCAGGUAUGAAAGAUGAGAAGACACUUUCUGGGAGUGCUCGUACUUUUGAAAUACUGCAUUUGCGGUGAUGUGGUGAACUUUGAUGGAGACAUUAAGGACUUUGUAGUCGGUAACAGUAAGUUAUUUGUUCUUACUGAACAUCGACUGCAUCAGAUGAGACACGAUCUAUAUGAGGAGAAGAGCAAAGACAUCACUGACGUCCCUCAGAAUAACAGAGUCAACAUUCUGGUGCCUUUUGAUGAGAACCGCACCCUGAUAACGUGUGGGACUUUUAAAGAGGGACAUUGUGAAGUUCUUGAUAUAAAUGACAUUACGAACAGUAUUUACAAUGAAAAUGGUGUACCGCUAAAGUCACAACAGAAGAAAAUUGUUGCCUUCAUAGCCGGUAGAUUCCUUUUGGUUGGAAAAAAAGAAGACAACGCAAAAGACAGGUAUUCUGUUGUUAGUUUGGUGAACACUUUACAGACUCAAUCAGGUGGGAUUUUCUCAAUAUCAGCAGAUGGAUCAGAGGCCAUCAUUCAGAGCACAGUGAGAGAUGUGGAGUUUGUUGAUGGAUUUCAGAGAGUUUCUUCCUCAGAAUCCUAUUUGUUUCUCAACGCAGAGACUGACUCUGGAAGGAAAGUGAUUGUCUUGUGGAUGAACAGCUGAAGUAAAAAGAUAGACAUAAUCAAAUCUCUCCGGUCUUCAACGAUACGAUGCUGCAGUGAUAAAACUCGUCCAGUGGUCGUCGCCUCCACCGUUAUUCCCUCAGAGACUGAUGUUAUUUGGGCAGGUGUGUUCAGUUCACAGGAUCAGCAGGAUCCGGAGAACAGCGCUCUGGCUCUGUACGACAUCAGUAAAGUUCAAGGCAAAGUGAAGGGCUUCUGUGCUAAUGGUGAAAAACCUUGUGGAUCUGAGAGUGGCAGUGAACUUCAUCCUCUCUCUGUGGUGUUUAAGUACAGCUCAAUGUCAGCAGUGACAGCAAUGAGAGCUGGAUCCUGGACUGUGCUGUUCAUAGGAACCAGUGAUGGACAACUCAUCAGGCUUGUUUUAGAUGAGAGAUUCACGCCAGGCUGUCCAACAGUGCUGUUCAAAUCUGAUGAUGAACGAGCAGUGCUUCCCAGAAUGCACCUUGAUCCAGUAGAUUUCAAACAUGUCUACAUCGCUCUGAGGAAACAGUUAAGAAGAGUGUCUAUCAUUCAGUGUUAUAAACACAUCACUCUGAAAGACUGCAGAGCUGCUCUGGAUCCUCUCUGCGGCUGGUGUCUGAACAAACACAGAUGUUCCGCUCAAGAUGAAUGCUCAAAUACUUCUUGGGUUUCCAUCCCAAAAAACUCUCUUCAGACAAAGCUGUUUUCUUUUCAGAUGUCAGAGAAUUCUUCUAGAAAGAUUACUCUGCAUCUUUCCUUGAGUCUGGAGAGCGCAGGAGACCCUACUCUCUCGUGCUCCUUCACUAAAGAGAGUGUAAGCCUGUGUGAUGGGUCUGAUCUAUCUGCAAGUUUCCCAAACUGCUCUUGUAGUUUUUCUGACCAGAAACUCUAUUCUGGAGGUUUAAAGGUCUCUGCUUCAGUUACUAUCGAGGAUCAGAAGAUCACAGAGACGCUGACGCUGAGAAACUGCUCCAGCAUCACAGAUCAUUCGCCAAAUGUUUCUUAUACACAGUGUGUUCAGUGUGUCUCAUCUGGGUGUCUCUGGUCCUCUUCCUCUCAGCGUUGUGAUUGGACACACGGACCUGGAGCACAGUUAAACAUACAGGAUGCAUGUAAACAUCUACUCGAUGAGAUGGUCUAUGAUGAACCCGAGAUUUUCUCCCUGGAGCCCAACAAGGCUUCUUUCCAUGGCAGAAACAAUGUUUCACUAAAAGGGAGAAAUCUGGGAUCUGUUACUAAAAUCCGUAUUCAAGAGGAUCUAGAGUGCAUUCCUAAAGAAUCUCCGGUGUUUGAUCGCUCCAGUGAUACUUUAAGGUUCCACAUUCCUCCCAGUGGAACUAAAGGAACAGUGAAAGUGUGUGUUGUUACUCCUGACGACCGUUGUCAUGGUAACAGCAUCAUCACUUACACUUCUCAGCCCAGCUGCACUGGAAUACAGCCCCCGGUCAGCUGGAGCAGUGGUGGAAGGAAGGUUCAUGUUCAGGGCAGCAAUCUGGAAUUAGUGGAGUCAGUUAAUAAAGUGUUGAAAACACAACACAACACGAGCUCAGGGGACGUGUGGUUUCUUUCACCCCCCUUUGAUGCAGGUGGUAGGUAUAGUUUGUCGUUAAAUGUUGGGAACACCACUGUAGUCUGUGUGGUUGAUUUGUCCUAUAAGCCUGAUCCAGAAUUUACCGGAUUCACCACCUUACAGGUGGCCGAUGAUCUGCAGGUGAACAUUAAGAAAAGGACUGAUAAGCUGAAUUUGAGUAUGACCGAGGUGACUGUGACGGGUCUACAGGGAGAUCAGCAGUAUCAGUGUGUUCUGGAUAGGAUUGAGGCCAAUGCUGUUAUCUGUAAGAUUAAAGGAGAAUCAGGAGCCGUCCCAACACUGGACUCACUCACUAUAAAUGUUGGGAAUUUUUCUAAAAAUCUUGAGUCUCACAAUGGUUUAAUAUAUUUAUCCAUCUUUGCUGCAUUGAUUGUGCUCAUAAUUCUGGGUGCUGUUGCCGCAUUCGUUGUUCAUCGUAAGAGCCAGAAACAAAUGAAUGAGAGAAUGAACAAGCAACUGGAAAUGCUGGAAAGCAACAUCAGAAGGGACAUAAGACAAGGCUUUGUUGACUUGCAAACAGAAAAAUCAGAUUUAAUCGAUAGCGUUGGAGCAAUACCCUUCCUGGAUUACAAGCACUUUGCCUCGAAAAUCUUCUUUCCUGAGGCUGGUACUCUGGCAGCAGUCAUGAUCAGAGACAUUGGGCAGGACUCUGAGCAGACGACUGUAGAUGAGAAAUGCCAGGCCUUUGCUGCGCUGAUCAGAGAUAAGCAGUUCCUAAGUUGUUUCGUGCAUGCAUUAGAGGAACAGAAAAACUUCAGCAUAAAAGACAAAUGUACAGUGGCAUCUCUGUUGACUCUGGCCCUCCACGGUGACCUGGUGUAUCUCACAGAGGUCAUGGAGGACCUUCUGCAGAGUCUGAUGGACCAGUCCACCAAUGCAAAUCCCAAACUUCUCUUGCGCCGCACAGAGUCCAUAGUGGAGAAGCUGCUCACCAACUGGAUGUCCAUCUGUCUGUACGGCUUCCUCAGGGAGUCAGUAGGACAGCCUCUGUUCCUGCUAGUGUCAGCUCUGACUCAGCAAAUUUCGAAAGGGCCGGUGGACUCGGUCACAGAAAAAGCUCUGUACACUCUUAGCGAGGACUGGCUUCUCUGCCAAGCACAAGACUUUGAGGCUUUGAAACUGAAGGUGGUGUUCGAUUUGGGGACUGGAGGAGAGGUCAGUGAACCCUUAGAGGUCAGUGCAUUGACUUGUGACACAAUCCAGCAGGUCAAGGAGAAAAUCUUACAGACCUUCCAGCGCAAAUUUGGUUUCCCCUUCCAGCAGAUCAGGGAUAUAGAAAUCGAAUAUGAAAAGGAAGGAAGGUUUGUCAUGCUAAAGGAAGUCGAUGAGUCCUCAGAAAUUCGAGGGCAUGUCACCAUGUUGAACACUUUAAAACAUUAUCAGGUUGGAGAUGGAGAAUGCAUUAAAGUUGUCACAACAAAAGUGCAUGCGACGUUGAGGUCUCAGAGCAGCGUAAAGGAUGAUGAGAACUUUGCCGUCAAGUACUUCCAUCUGGUGGAUCCAGAUAUUGACACAGACCUGAGCAAACAUCCAGAGAAAAAAGCACUAAAAUUCAAGGAGAUGUACCUCACCAAGCUACUCUCCACUAAGGUAGCAGUCCACUCUUUUGUGGAGAAUCUGUUCAGGAGCAUCUGGGGACUGCCUAACAACAAGGCCCCACUGGCCAUCAAGUACUUUUUCGACUUCCUGGACGCACAAUCAGAGAGAAAAAAAAUCUCCGAUCCAGAUGUCCUCCACAUCUGGAAAACAAACAGCCUCCCGCUUCGCUUCUGGGUGAACAUCCUGAAGAACCCCAACUUUGUGUUCAGCGACAUGGAGAAGACGCCUCACCUGGACGGCUGUCUGUCCGUCAUCGCUCAGGCCUUCAUGGACUCCUUCUCGCUAGUCGAGCAACACCUGGACAAGCAUUCACCAACCAAUAAGCUACUCUACGGCAAAGACAUCCCUCAGUACAAACAGGAAGUGAAGUCGUACUACAAGUUAGUGAAGGACCAGCCUUCCGUUGGCAGCCAUGAGCUGAAAGAGUUUCUUAAAGGGGAGUCAAAGAAGCAUCAAAAUGAGUUCAAUGAAUCUGCGGCGCUGCGGGAGCUCUGCAAGUACAUGCUCCGCUACUUCAGCGAGAUUUCUCAGAAGCUGGAACAGACGGACGCCCCCGAUAGGUUGAAAGCGGACUUGCAACACGUGGAGGAGCUUUUUGAAAACAUGAAACGAAGUGGUUGGAAUUGAAAUUUCUGACGUUCAUAUGCGUGUUCACACUGCAUUUCUUUAAAGCUGGUAUUUAAACUGCAUCUCCAUCAUGAAGACUCUCAGCAUUAUCUGCCAUAUAUAAGAGAAGACGGAUUCACUUCUGUUUGUUGGACAUUGUGGAGACCAAGUGGAUGUAAUGUAUAUUGAUCAAUUUUAGCGUUUGGGAGGAGCUCAUUGUUGAGCUUACUGUAUAUGAGUCAAUGUAUCUUAAACCCAUUAGUUGCAAAACCUGAUGAUUUAGCUAUAUGGUUUAAUUAGAUUUUUCUUGCCGCUUUCUGAAUCGUAUAUAUUUUUUUUACUACAGAAUUUGCCUAUAAUGCAUUAAUCUGUCAAGUCAAGCAUUUUAUACUUCAAGAAAUCCUUUGAAAAUUAGCUAAAUUAAUUAUUUUCGUAAUUUACAGAAUUAUUCAACUGAUAAAAUGUUUGUAGUUUUAAUGGAUAGUAUUUUUGAAUGUAAUCUUAAAUAGAUCACCCUUAAUUUGUGUUCCUUUGUCGCCCUCUAUUGGUUAUUCUAGUUAUUAUUCAUAAUUUGACAGCUUGCAUUCGAUUCUGAGAAAAUGACUUUUUUUCAGGGCAGAAAAUAUUAAUGAAUUGCGUUAUCAAUAAGGAGUAAUAUUCAGAGAAAUUGAUAAAAUUGCCGGAAUAUUGUAAAGUCUAAGAGGAAGUAAUUAAAAGUAUUAAAAGAG